AUGUAUGACUUAAUAAAUAUUGCAGUAUUUCGUGACAACUUUGAUAUUAGCGAACACGCGCGCAGCAAAGGGCUCUUAAAAUUUGUUGAAUGGUACCCAUUUACCAUUUACCAUUUUACGGAUACAAUGAGUCUCUACGAAAGGGCAAUAAACACGGCCAUGCAGAUUGGUCAAGAGCUGAUGCAUAUGUAUGUUAUGCGUCAAACACAUCUUGUGCUGCGAAAACAUUUUGGGGCCAACAUACCGCAUCCUUACGAGUUGUCGCGCAAUGUGAGCUUCAUUUUGCAGAACGGACACGCAGUCCUAUCUUAUCCUAGAGCCUUUAAUCCGAAUGUAGCAGAGGUGGCUUGUAUUCACUGUAAACCAGCCAGAAAACUUCCCAGGAACCUUGAGGACUUCAUAGGUGCUUCUGGAGUCUCGGGAUUCAUUUAUGUUUCUAUGGGCUCUUCUGUAAAGGCUGCAAAUAUGCCAGAGGCGUUGCGUCGCAUGCUUGUGAAAACCUUUGCACGCCUGCCAUACCAUGUGUUGUGGAAGUAUGAAGGUAGUUCCGAAGACAUAAAGGAACUUACUGCAAAUGUAAAACUUUCAAGAUGGCUACCGCAACAGGACAUCUUAGGCCACCCCAUGCUACGUGCCUUUGUAACCCACGGGGGCCUGCUAAGCAUGUUCGAGACGGUAUUUCAUGGAGUGCCCGUCGUGACAAUGCCGGUAUUCUGCGAUCACGAUGUUAACUCAGCUAAGGCUGUGGUUGAUGGUUAUGCCGAAAAGCUAGAUCUUCGGAUGCUGUCGGCCAAUCAGCUUCACAAGACUAUUAUGAAAGUGAUUCACGAUCCUCGGUUCAGGAAUGCAGCGCAACAUCGCCAGAAACUCUUGCUGGAUCAGCGCUCAACAGCUCUGGACACUGCUGUAUACUGGACGGAGUAUGUGCUGCGUCACAAUGGCGCUUAUCAUCUUCAGUCUCCUUCACGCAAUAUGACUUGGUGGCAGUAUUAUUUACUCGAUGUACUUGCGGUUUUCUUAUUUUUACUUUACAGUCUGAUUUUAUUAAUAAAGCGUAUGGAUUUUCGGUCUGAAAAGCGACAGAGCCUUCCUUUGCUGAGACCUGACUUGCAUUCAAAGGCAAAAACAAAGUCAAAGAAGCUGUAAACAGAUCGCUGGAUAUUGGUUUUCCAUUUGAUGUUUUAAGUCCAAGGGGAAGUUUUUGUGAUUUGUUAAGUUCCAAAUAAGGGUCUGCAAGAAAGUCUUUACUGCUGUUCCAAAUAUUGUUUGGAUAAAUCAUUUUGUGAAUACAUGUCUAUAAUAAUAUUUGUAAA